CAAUUUUUAUGUUAAAAAAAAAAAAAAAAAAAAUAAAGAAAGAGUGUUCAUAUCAACAGGAAGAAAAAGAAUUGUGAAGGAAAAAUUAGGAAUUUAAAAUUUGAAAGAAAGACGGCUCUUAGUAAUAGGGAUUUGAGAUAAAAAGAAGCGAUGAAUCUAAUCAAUUCGUUCCUUUUGGUUUUGAAGAGGGUCGUCACCAUCAUCAUUCGCUGAAGACAUUUUCUAAGAAUGAAUUAAAACUCGCACCACUCAACUCAACCCAACCCAACUUGCUCGUCCGCCGCCGUCAUAAACUCCGUCCAUCCAGGUUCCUGGACUGAUGGCGAAUAAGUCCAAAGAAGAACCGAAAACUGCUCCUGAGCCUGAUAGAUGGUACAAUCUCACCUUAGGAUCUUCUUUCAAAGAUGAUUCCUCUAACAAAUAUUGUACUCUUCGAUACGAAUUUAAACCUGCUUCAGUCGAUAAGACUAAGCCUGGAUUACUACGCAAGACCAAAGAGAAUCGAGUCUCUGUCGAAUUUCAUAACAAUCAGAUUGGAAAACCUAAAGUCACAUUUGAGGGUAAUAGCGAGGAAUACAAAGAAAAUGAUGCUGUUUUGUUCUUUGAUGGUCAGACACUUCGAUUGGAGCGUCUUGAUAGGGCCGUAAAGCAACUGCGCCAUCUUCGUAAGCCUGGUGAGUCUUCAGCUGCUGUGGCUGGAUCUGUUACUGCCCCAUCUGGACCGGCUUUGGAUCUUCGGUCAUCUCCAAUUGGGAAGCCUGUAAAACCAGCCUCUUUUGGUAGUGGCAGGAGCUCAAAUCAAGCUAUACCAGUUGAAGUGGAGCGUAUUGAUAUUGGUGAACCUGAAAAUACUGGCAUCAAAUUUGAUUCUAAAAGGUCAUCUGAUCAUCUAGCUGAACUACCCACUGUUUCUGCUACCUCACCAGCUGCCAUAAAUGGAGUUGAGGAACAUCGAGAAAUAGAUAUUAAUGACCUUUUUGGCAGUGGAACACCUGAGGAUGACAAUGAUAUUGAAGAAAGGGAUAAUGUUGAAGAAAAGGAUAAUGUUGGAUUUGACAUGAAUGUUCCACUCACUGAUGAUGAGAUCGCUGAUGUGGAUGAUAGUGGUGAUGAGGUGGACAAAGGACCCAAUGCUGCUGAGGCUCUGAGAGCCCACAUGAAUGCAGAGGGGAGAGAGGAGCAAACAUCUACUUCUAGCAGUAGUAGUGGCAGUGGAAGCAGUAGUGCUAGUGGUAGUGGGAGCAGUAGCAGCAGUGACAGUGAUGGCAGCGACGAAGACUCGGUUAACUCAAUAUAAAAUUGCACAACUGUGGGUUUUUUCUUUCUUUUCCUUUUACCAUAUAUCGUUUUUGUUGCAAAUAAUCCAAUAUAUAGAAUGUGUUUAGCAAGCCUGGGUUAGAAGAAUGUAGAUUCUAAAAGGUUGGGAAUUUUGUUAACGCUGAUAUGUGUGACAAUUAGAGUGCAAGAAGUUAUUAAUGAUAUGGUAUAUUUGAUGUUUUAAACUGUCUU